AUGCAAGCUGCUUUUGACAUCAGUUCACCGAUAGUGUGCGUUUUGAUAGCUGCAUCCUUAGCAGCAACUUGUCCCGUGAUUGUCACCGCAUCUAUGAACACCACAAUUCGUGGACACACUUUUGAUAUAUACGGCUACAAGAAAUUAGUUAUGGUACGCUAUCUCGCUCGUUCACAGUCCAUCUACAAUCUCACCGUGGUGAACCUCAAUAAUGCUCGAUAUCUAAGAAACCAUGGCGGAGAGAGGAAAAAGGUUGACGAACUCACGGCGGCGCAGCGUGAGGACUACGACACGGUGGUAGUCCACCUCAAGAACUAUUACGAAGGACCACACCUCCGGAUCAUGACGCGCAGGGCUCUAGCGGGAUGCAAGCAAGAGGCAGGCGCGGGCCGUUCCCGUCGUCAAUCUGCUCAGCACAUUUCGUGUCCACCCACACCUCAUCGAGCUGCCGAACUUUGUCGCUUACGAAGGAACCUUAACGAGCUGCAUCAGUCGCCAGGACCGGCAACUUCUCCUCAAUGCAAUGCGCUUUCCCCAUACUACCACGCCAUUCAUGUUCAUCGACUUCGCGUCAACGGCUUCACGCGCGCCCAGCAGAUCGCUUACAACGACACGGAGGCUCGCGUUUGUUGGAAUCUAAUCGAGCGCUUACUCGCAAAAGGCAUCGCUUCCGACGCGCUUUGCAUCAUCACAUUUUAUCGGGAACAGUUGAAAAGGCUUGGUAAGAUGGCCAGGCGUCUCAACGUGGAAGUAAUCACCGUGCACUCGAUCCAAGGGCGAGAGCGCGAUAUAGUAAUUUUACUCACAACACGGACAGAAGUCGACCAAUCAACGACGGAGUCUUUUGAUGAUUACCAACGCAUGAUGUUGCAGCAUCUCGCCGCCGUGAAGGGCAGUUCAGUUCAUUCUCGGAAACGCCCAGAAUCUCCAGUUGGUGCCACAUUGGCAUAG